CUAUUUGCCUCUGUGGUUCGGGUGACAGACGGCCUCCCGCUUUCUGCAUCUACAGACUAUGAGCAGGACAGGGGAGUGCAGGAGAGUAAGAAAUACCUCAAAACACUGUCCAAAAAACUCAGCCAGCUUCCAGACAGAUGUACUCUGAAAACUGGACAAUACAACAUAAACUUCACAAGCUCGUUAGGAGUGGGGUACAUGAUGGUCUGCACGGAGAACUACCCCAGUGUUCUUGCAUUCAGUUUCCUGGAUGAGUUGCAGAAGGAGUUUAUUGUGUCGUAUGACAUGAAACGCAUCAACAGUGCAGUGCGGCCGUACUCCUUCAUUGACUUCGAUAUUUUCAUACAGAAGACCAAACAGCGUUAUAACAGCCCACGGUCUUUAUCGACUAAGAUUAAUCUUGCUGACAUGCAAACAGAAAUCAGACUUCGACCCCCAUACCAACUUUCCACUUCAGACCUGGGGACUGUAAAUGGGCUUGCACAUCAAUCCACAUCUAAAUAUAAGGGCAUAGCUCCUAACCAAAUGCUUGAGCCAGUAACACUGGCUGGGAUUGUCUCCUGUGUGCUCAGCCUGCUGUGUGGAACCCUCAAUCUAAUCCGGGGCGUCCAUGCCACUGAAUGUGUACUGCAGAAUGAAGAUGAAGAUUGCAAUUAUGUUAUUGCUUUUUUCCUUGGAACAGCAGCCUGCUUUUAUCAGUGUUACCUGUUUGCCUUCUGCACGAGCUGGAGGAACAUGAAAUCCUUCCUGAGUUUUGGUUUGAUCUGCCUGUGCAGCAUGUAUCUGUAUGAGCUGCGAAACAUGUGGCAGCUCUUGUUUCAUGUGACUGUGGGAGCCUUCACCACACUGCAGAUCAGGCUGAGGCAGCCCCAAAGUAAAGCCCCCGACUACAACGUCUGAAGAGGAGGCUGCUUGUAGCACCUUUCCAAAUGUCAGCGUUCACAGAGUGUGCAAACAUCUCAAGAGCAGUGUGAACGGAUGCAAAGAUGGAACUUUCCUUCUGAAAUCAACAUGACGAUUCUAAAGAGAACUCAAGUGACCAAAUAGAAGAGGACGUUUAGGAGCGAGUCUGAAGAACCCGCGGCCUCUCUUUAGAGUGCAGAUUUGUCAUGUGGUGAUGCCUGGGAAUGUUUUCAGUGUUUAUUAAUAUAUUCAAUAUUUCAGAAAGUGGGGAACCAG